CCUUCGACGCACCAAAUGACACCCCAUCGACAACAUGUGGCCGGCCGCAUCGCUCCUCCCCAACCCCCCGACUCCGCAACCCCGUCCCCGACUCUCCGGCGGGUCCCGACACCGCACCAGCGAACGCCGUCGAUGCUCUACGCUUACCGUGCUUUCCUCCUCCUCUUCCUCUUCCUCUAGCGACGCAAAGGAGGACCUGGUCACUGCCGCCGGGCGUCUCCUUUGGGGCCGCGGCCUCCCCCCUCAGGCCCUCGUCUCUGCCGUUCGAACCGGAUGGUCUGCCGCGUGGCAUCUAAUGAUGCACCAACUCGCUCCCUCCUCCUCCGCCGCCGCCGCCUCCCCACCUGGCUCCUAUGCCCGUCCCACUUCCUCCUUUCCCUCGGUCCCCGCCUCGUACUGCCGGAACCCCAUGAACCUCCACCUCUACGUCGCCCUCCCCUGCCCCUGGGCGCACCGCGUCCUCGUCGUCCGCGCGCUUAAGGGCCUCCGCUCCGCGCUCCCCGUUUCCAUCGCGGCCCCCGGCCUCGAUGGCUCCUGGCUGUUCCGCCCCCGUGGGCCCUCCGCCGUCGGCGAAGAUCUGAGCCCCGGCCCCGACCGCGCCAAUGCGCGGAGGACGCUGAGGGAGGUGUACGGGCUCCGGAGGGGCGGCUACGACGGGAGGUCGACGGUGCCAAUGCUUUGGGACGCGGAGAGGAAGGAAGUGGUGUGCAACGAGAGCUACGCGAUCAUCGAGUUCUUGAACUCCGCUGACUUCGGUGGUGAGGUUCAUGGUGGCCCAGGGUUGGACCUCUGCCCGUCGGAGCUCAAAACCGAGAUCGACGACUGGAAUCGGGUGAUCUAUCCCAACGUUAACAAUGGGGUUUAUAGAUGCGGGUUUGCGCAGAGCCAAGAAGCAUAUGACACUGCAGUCAAUGGAUUGUUCAACACAUUGGAUAUGAUAGAAUCUCAUCUGUCUACCUCUCGCUACUUGUGUGGGGAUGCACUGACUUUAGCUGAUGUCUGCCUAUUUACUACUUUGAUCCGUUUCGACCUUGUGUACAACGUCCUCUUCAAGUGCACAAAGAAGAAGCUACUUGAGUACCCCAAUCUUUAUGGCUAUACAUGUGAUAUGUAUCAGAUUCCAGAGGUUGUGAGUACUUGCAAUUUUGAGGCUAUCAUGGAUGGUUACUACUGUACUCUAUUUCCUCUGAAUCCUGGUGGGAUCCGGCCAGUCAUGCCUUCAGCUUGCAAUCAUGAUUUGCUUUCUAAACCGCAUAAUAGAGAAGUAUUAUCUUCGAGUGGCAAACGAAGCAUACAUGCUUCAGAAACCUAACAGUCAACUGCUUGUCUCAGAAACACAAAGCGUUCAAAAUGGUAAGUGCACAUAGCUCCAGUUUGCUUAAUGUGCCACUACUAAUCAGUACAGCUUUUCUUUUACUAGUUCCAGCUGCUUUCCCAGCAUAGCAAGUACUGUCAUAUUAAAGAAAACUAUGAAGCAGUGGCACUACUAAUGCAAGAAAAUCAUACAAAUGUGCAUUGUGUGGAAAGAGUAAGGUAAGUUGUUUCAGAACUUGGUAAUUGCUUUGCUUAAUCCCAGGUGUGAAGUGCCAUUAACUCCGUAUGUUGUUUUUUCUACUAUGUGCUACAUAAAAAAAUAAAGACAAAAACAUCAAAAAUUUUUGCAGCUGAACCAAAAACUGACAUCCUUCAUAAAUUUUUCUUUUAUGAUGAACCAAAGACACCAUAAUUUUCUUGCUUUGCCAAAGUGACUUUGAUAACAUAAUCCAACCGGUAGACUCAGUGAAAAUGACAUGUACUAUCAUUAGAUGAGAGGCGCAAAACAGUAACAUAUAGCGUAGGAUUUAUAUCUAAGAAAACCCCUCUAGUCUCGGUAUCUGCUUGAAAUGUUUAAAAUCCAUGCCAAAGCAUUUAUUCUUGCUUAGUAUCUUGGUCUGUCACACUGAUGUCAGAACUACACUGAUUUCCUGCUUUGUUUUACAUGCUCACCUUGAGGUUGUCUUGGAGUUACCUGUGAAUAAGAUAUGAAUUAUUGUAUUAUUUAACUAUGAUCAGAAUGGCCUUGCAAUAUACUUAUUAAAAGUUAGUUCUAUGUGUUCUUCUGCCUGGUGCUCCAACACCAGUCCUUCUUCAGAUGUUAUUCAAAUCGUUUGGAUCUCAAGUCCCCAUUCACAUGGUUGGACAUGGUUGUACCUUUCUUCAAUAUUGGUUUUAUUUUAGAAGCAAAAUACAGUAGUUGGUCAGGGGGGCAAGAUUAUGAUGUUUUUGUGUCUGCAGAUUUGUCAUGACGUGGCUUGUUUCUCCCCUCUCAAAGGGCCAUAGCUUGUUCUACUAUGCCCUUAGCAACUAAACAUAAUUAAUCUCUCCUUUCAUGCAUUAACAAUUAUCAAAUACAUAGUUUUUACUGUUGAUUCUCCUUUUCAUUUUUUAGUAACUAAUGCCACUGCCAUUCUUGCCACACUAGAAUUGGGGAGCUAUCUAAGAGGAUUCAGCUAUCUACUUAAAUGAGCAGCUAUGUAUUGCAAUCCCAAGGGUUAUUUACUACCUUGCAAGAAUUUUAACCUAGAUCAAAAGCGAGCAAAAAGUGCAGCCGUCUCUGUCUAUUAUGGCCAUGUUUGCAACUGAAUAUUUGAAGGCGUGCCUUUCAGAUUCGGAAGCAAGCUUAUGAAUGCUGAUCGAGGAAUUAUCUACGACAAAAGGCUUUUAGUGGUUCUGAGAGGCAUAAUUUGUCAAUCGUGUGAUAAAUGGUGAUAGCAAAAUGCCCCUCUAAACACAGUUCUCAGCAUAAGGUGAUCCAAAUUAACUUACAUUCAGAUUCAAAGUUGGCUAGCUACAAGGUACCGCAGGAAGAACGAUACUGGAAGAAGAUCUUGUUGGUUAUUGUUGUAAAAUAAAAUGUAACCAUGAUGAUGGUGUUCUCAAAACAUUUCUGUUGAUUUUGAGAAAUUCUAGAUAGUGAUUGUUAAUUUAUCUA